UUGCAUAGGAAAGCCCAGAAUUUCCUUGCCUGUCUGCUGGGCCCUUCCCCACAGAGCUCUAUGACUCACUGUGUGUCUCUGUAUCCCACUGUGUUGAUCUGAGUUCAGGGGAUAAUUUUAUAGUUUCCUGGGGUUUUCUAGUUUUGGUGAAAUGUUAGAUCUACCUAAGUUAAAUGUGGUUAUAGGAUGUGUAACCUGCCAGACAUGGUUCAUUUAAAUGUAAAGGUCUAAAACACAUCAUUUAUGAAAUAUGAUGAUUUUCCUAAGACUUUUUCAGCCCAUUACAUUGAGGAACACUUGUGCCCCACUUGGAAACCACCUUCCUUUCCCCUGUCCCAGGAAUAUUGUGUAACCUUCUGAAUUUGGUAGGUUGACCUGAGUAGUAUUGGUUGGUAUAUUAAGAACACUACAGUUUUGGCAUUCACCGUUUCUACACCUGUUACAUGCCUGAGGCCAUGACAGAUUUGCUGUGAAUUUAUGUCGAACCUGUUGAGCUGUAACUAAGGUCACCUCUGCUAUCACUCAGAGCAACCCAAUUUCAGAAUCUCCACAUAGACCAAAAAGUUGUAUUUCUUCAUUUUUAGGUAAAUGAAGCAGUAUAAAUGUAAUAUAAUUUUCUAGUGAAUUCUCCCUCAUCUGGUAAUACAUCUCCUAAUUGAAAACAUUGAAACACUCUUUUAUCCUUACUGUCUUGAACAUUUUAAACACAUAGCAAUAGCACCAUGAUGUGAAAACAAAUGAUAGAGUGAUCCAUUGAGCCAGUUAAACUGGGGGGAUGGUUAGAUAGCCAUUUUUUCCAGGAAAUUAGGAAUCCCUCUUUCCCACCCCUUUUUCACUCUGCAGUCCACCAGCUGAGCUGCGCAGUCUUAGUGUCCAGAGGAGUACACUUCAUUAGCAGCCAGCUCCGGCAGAGUGCAGGUGUCUACAGGUGAUCGGUGCUGCUGGUGCAGCAUGAGACGCAGGCACCGCUGCUGACUGAACCCAGCCCCUCACUCGACAGGUCCUGCAAAGGCUGCCUUGUAUGGAGCGUAAAAACAGUGCAAUGGGUCCAGCAGAAGCUACAGAGAUACAGGCCUGUGAUUGACAGCUUGUCCUAAUCAGGGGUGGGCCUCGUCGGAACCAGUGGAGAAAGCCAUAACGGAAAAAGGAGCAGUCUGAUAUUGUGAGUAAAUGUGAAAGAGGUUUCCUGUGAGGUCAGUCGUCUGUUCUACAGUCUGCACUAUUACUGUUGAGCCAACAAGCAGCAGUGUGGGGUCCACAACUGUUUAAUAUUAAUUAAGCUGUAAACUAUUGGCCACUAGAAAUUAGUGGAAAGUACCUAUGCGCUGGGACUGACAGGAGAAGAAGGCUGCCUUUGUUUCCCAGGUGCAGCGUCUGGUGUGUCUGUGUUAUUACUGGGUUGGGUUGCCCCUGACCUUGAGAGAAGCUAAAGUAGGGCAUAAAAACAAACUCCUGGAGCUGGAACAGUCCCGGAGAAAGACACCACAGGAAGUCCUGCCGAGCCCCGCUUAUUUUUCCACAUGGAAUGUCUGCCAAACCAUGUGACUGUGGGAAUGCCUCUCAGCCAGCUAUGCUCCUGUUCCCAUGGAGACUGCCAUUUAAACAAUAUGGACAAUGGAGUGCACUGCACAGUAGCCUGGUUGUGACUGCCAGGUCCGUUAGUGGAAAGCUGGAAGGCAGACAGUAAGGGUAAUCUAGACCAGUAGCUGACCACCAUCUUGGUCCAAAUGCAACAGUAAAGAAUAACCAAACAGAAGAACACUACCUGACCUUUGUCAAAUCCAAAUGACCCAAAGCUUCAAUGAGAGCCUGGGCUCCUCCCUGCACGCCGGUGAUCUUGGAGAUGGAACCAUCCUCAUGUGGCACAAAACCAUUCAGAGGCUUGCUUCUGAGGGGUCUGAAAGCAUGCGCCCAAGGGAGUACUUCCACAUUCGCACCAUACUGCCCUCCAACUGCUGUGCUGUGGGACAGGGGAAUGUUAAUGAAGGCUUGUUAAGAAUGCUCGGCAGUGUUUCGGAGAACGGUGGUUCAGAAAAUUCCAGGCCGGAGGUGGCUUAUGUUGCCAUACCCUUAAACCCUAGUGUAGACCAGAGAAGUUCCCACAAGCAAGCUGCUGGGUUGAUGCCAAAGGAGCUAGUUCAGCAAGGCACACUGAAGAUGGGGGAGGCAGAGAUGCACAGGAUUUCAGAGCCUCAGACUGCAACUGCUAUGCGUCUAGAGCACAUCAAUUUACUUCUCAACCAAAUGCAGAGACCUGCACAGAGAAACAGGAUUACAACUAGCACUCCUCUCCCCUCAAAUGAAUUAGAUGAAUCGGAGGAAGAGUUCAAUGCCAGCGUUUUUUUCUCCAAUUUCCAGCAUACCAUCAGGAGCGUGUCAAAGAACAGAGAGAAGCUGUUAAGAGAGUUGGAGUGUUCCGAGGGCAGAAGCUCCUCAGUGAGGCAAAACCACAAAGACGUCAACAAAGUGCUGGAGGAAAAGCUAAAACUUAAAGAGCUGGAGCUCCAGCAGAUGGUUCAACUGCUGCUGAUGAUGCAACAGGACCUUGAAGAGGUAAGGGGACAGUCUGAUCUCAAGGAUACUGAAAUAGCCUUGCUAGCCGAAAAGCUGAAACUUGAAGGAAAGCAACACAAGGAGAACACCGCCCGCUUUGAUAACACCUGCAAUUCUUUGAGGGGUAAGCUCCUAGCAAGCAAAGCUGACAACAAAACCUUUGUCAAGCAGCUCCGACAGCUUCUGGAGAAAUAUGAGAGGCUCAAAAAGCGUGCCUCUGCAGCCAAGAAGCAAUCAUAUAACGAUCGGGUUGACAAGGAGUGCGCUGAGAAAACUCUGAAGGAUGCUAAACAAGAGCGGGAGAAUUUAAACGCUGAGCAAAACCUUCUAAAAAAGAAGGAAGAGACAGCUCAGAGAGCUGUAUCAGAGCUGAUGGAAAAGUUGCGAUCCAUAGAGAAUUACUGUGAAAAGAAUGUCAAGGACAGAGGGAGACUGGAAGACGAGGCCUCCAAGAUGAAAAAAGAAAUGGAACAUCUGAGGAAUCAGCUUCAGAAGGCACAAAAUGAGACUCUGAGACUUGUGAAAAGCAUGUCGUCCAUCGAGUCGGAAAAAGAGGCAGCCAUAAAGCAGCUGCUGGAAUCCAAAGAGCGAGUCAACAUUAUGGAACUGAAAUUAGAUGAGUACAGGGCUGAGAGGGAAACCAAAAGCCUUCAAAUCAAAGAGAUGAGGCGUGAAGCAAAAAGGAGCCAAGACAAGCUGCGGGCGGAACUGCUUCUGGUACAGGAGAAUUACAAAGCCUGUGAAAAGAUUGCUGAAAGUAUGCAGGAAGAGAUUGCAACCUUGUCAAAACUAGUGCUUGAUCUAAAACAGGACAAACAGCUCCUGAAGGAAGAACUGGAAAACCUGCGCCAAGAUAAGAAACAACUUGAGCACAAGAGCCAACAAGAAGGCAAGAGGCUCAAGGAGGUUAUAACUUUACUGGGAAAGGAGAGAGACCUCCUCCAGAUGGAGCUUGGAGACCUGAGAAAGGAUUACUUAAACAUGAGUGACCGCAUUGCAGAAAGAAUGGGCCAGCUAGGCCAGGAUGAGACCCAUAUGUGCAUUAAUGAAUGUAUGUCUAUUUAUGAGGAGGCCAGACAGGAUUGCCAAAGAGUCCAGCAUACAGAUGACAAUGAGAAUGUAAUACGACAGAUAAAGAAGAGACUGGAGGAUGAAGAGGCCAGGUGCAUCCAGGUGUGAGCCUGAACUUCAGAUUCUCCUUUCUGUUUGGACAAAUAACAUGUAUAGAAAUCUGAAUAACCAAAAAGGUUUUCAGGAAUUUCAAGCCACUGAUGCUAGCUUGUGUAUGAAUGUGUAUGUAGUAUGAAUACAUGCUAUCCAGAUUUGAAUUUUUAGUCGACCAUUAAUGUCAUUUCUCUUCUUUUGUAGUAAGUUUGCCAACCAUUUGCUGAAAUAUUUAUUUUUGAGUUUUUUUAUUAAAUGGCAAAAUAUUGCUAACAUACAACACAACUAGUAAAUACAAUGAUUUCAUUUAACAAAUAUAUGGCUAUAUAAUUUUCAACAUCAAUAAAAUUUUUUUUUUUUUUGCUUUAAAAAUGAUCUUAUUCAAGGCCACAUUAAUGGUAUAAUUAACAUGAAACAAUACACUGCAAUAACUAUGGUAAAUUUUUAAAGGAUCAGGGCCAGGUCAGCCAAGUGGAUUCUUAACUCUUUAUGUUUGUUGU